AUGGACACAGCCCACCGCAAAAUCGAGCUCCAGUCCCCCGCCGACUUCGCUUACCUCCAGUCCAACGCGUUACGCGCCGCGCGCCAGAAAAUAGACCUGCACCUCCCGCCCAGCGCGGCGCCUGCGGGGGAGGAUGCGCUCAGGAGGAGGGUUGAGGAGCUGGUCGAUGAGUACAUCCGCACCACCUUCGCGCGCGCGCAGCACAACAUCAGCAUCAACGGGCUGGAGGCCGCGGAGGCUCAGGAGCCUGCCGGGGGCGAAGAAUACGAACCCUACGACUCCCGCCUCUCAGCCCACCUCCAGUCCCUCGAGCGCCGGAGAGAAGACCUCACGGCCCAGGUCGCCGACCUGCGCCGCACGGCCCCCUUGCGCGCUGCACAGGCUUUCCAGACAUCCUUCACCCGAGAAUCCGAGACCCUCGACACUAAGCUCAAAGCCGAAGAGGAGGCACUGUUGGCGCAAGCAGAGAAAGAGGGAAGGCUGGAUAUCGGGCAGCUGCAGCGCUGGGACGAGGUGCAAGCCAUGUGGGAAAGGGGGACCGAGGGGCUGGUGGGGUUGAAGGGGCUGACGGAGACGGUUGCGAGGUUGGAGAGGGCGGAGGGCGUGGUGGGGUAUUUGGAGCGGAAGUGA